AUGGCGCUGCAGCCCGAGGAGCUGGACCUGAGCUUCCUGACGGAGGAGGAGCGCGGCUGCAUCGCCCGCGUCCUGCAGCGGGACUGGCAGCUCCGUCGGCGGGAGGAGGGCCGCGUCAGCAAACUCCGCAAGUCGGUGUCGGACCCGGCGCGGCUGCGGAGCCUCACCGGGGACUGGUUCAGCGACGCCCGCGCCCAGCGCCACCAGCACCCGCUGGGCUCCGACCUGGUGCGGGCCUCCAUCCGCCGCAGGAGGCGGCCCCGGGGAACGGGGGAGCUGGAGCGCGGCCCCAGCCUGGAGGCCAUCGAUGAGCCGCUGGCAGAGGACAGGGAGGAUGAGGAUGGUGCCUUGGAGACGGACGCGAGUGUCUCCCACUGUCCUGGUGUCUGUCUGUCCACCAUCCAGGCCAAACUCACGGUGGUCUCUUCCCGCAGUUCCCCCGCCAAGGAGGUGCAGGAGGCCACGGAGCCCCAGCCCAGCCCCCCCGGCCCGGCUGUGGAGGGGAGCCCGGGGUCACAGCCCGUGCUGCAGGGUGACAGCCCCCCGAGGGAGCAGGACAGCCCAGGUGACACGGGGGGUCCCUCCCUGGGCCCGAGCAGCACCGAGGAGGAGGAGGAGGAGGAGGAAGAGCCAGACUCGGCACAGAGCAGCCACAGCGCUGGGCAGAGACCAGAGACCCCCCAGACGGAUCAGACGCCCCCAGACCCACUGGCCCCACCGAACGGCCACACGCCCCCGAGGCUGCUGAGCAGCUGCUCCUCUGUGUCCAGCCUCAGCUCCUCCACGCUGAGCGGGAGCCUGAUGAGCCUGUACAGCGAGGGGGAGCUGGGCCGGGUGCCCGUGCGGGGCUGCGUGCAGUUCUCCCUGCGCUACCAGGCGGCCGAGAAGGAGCUGCAGGUGCACGUCCUGCGCUGCCGCCAGCUGGCCGAGGCCAAGAAGCAGCGCUCGGACCCGUACAUCAAGACCUACCUGCUGCCCGACAAGUCCAACCGCAGCAAACGCAAGACCGCCGUGAGGAAGAGGAGCUUGGACCCCGUCUUCAACGAGACCCUCAAGUACAAGCUGGAGAAGAGGGACCUGCAGGGCCGGACCCUGAACCUGUCCGUGUGGCACCACGACAGCCUGGGCAGGAACCUCUUCCUGGGCGAGGUGGAGGUGGCGCUGGGCACCUGGGACUGGGCCAACACGCGGCCCGAGUGGUUCAGCCUGCAGCCACGGAUGCCCAUCCCCUCGGACGGGCUGGCCAGCCGUGGCAGCCUCAACCUGGCACUCAAGUUCAUCCCUGCUGGCUCGGAAGGAGCGGGGAUGCCGCCCACGGGCGAGCUGCACAUCUGGGUGAAGGAUGCUCAGGGCCUCAUCCCGCUGCAGAGCGGCACCGUGGACGCCUUCGUGCAGUGCUACGUGCUGCCCGACGACAGCAAGGCCAGCCGGCAGAAGACGCGGGUGGUGAAGCGCAGCCUGAACCCCCUCUUCAACCACACCAUGGUGUACGACGGCUUCCAGGCCAGGGACCUGGCCGAGGCCUGCGCCGAGUUCACCCUCUGGCACCACGAGGCCUUCUCCAAACGGCAGCUGGGCGGCAUCCGCCUCAGCCUGGGCACCGGCAGCAGCUACGGGCUGCCCGUGGGCUGGAUGGACUCCACGGCCGAGGAGCAGAGCGUGUGGCAGCAGCUGCUGCAGCAGCCCCGGCGCUGGGUGGAGGCGCUGCUGCCCCUGCGCACCGACCUGGUGCCCCGCGGGUAGCCCCCAGACCCACGGAGCGCCGGGGCCGUGGGACUGCGGGGUCCGGGCGGGCUGGGGUCUGUGCCCUCCCUCAGCAGCAAUGAAGGGGCACCAGAGGGCACAGCUGGCGGCUGUUCAUUGCUGUGGGCACCUCUGGCGGCUGUUCAUUGCCCUGGCCAGCAUCCCCUGCCUUCUCCCUCCGCUGUGGGGCUGGAGCUGCUGCGCCCCACUGCUCCCGGUGUGGGGCUGGAGGUGUCUGUAUGGGGUUUGGGGCACCUGGGGGGACUGGAGUCACGCACUCAUCCUCACAGAACAAACCCCUCUCUCAAACUUCUCCACAUCCCUGGGGUACUUUAACCCUUUAAUCCACUGCCUAAGCAUAACUAAUUUCCUCAACGGAGGACAAAACUUU